AUGAUAAACUGUUUUUCAGGUACGUUUUUGUGUGUGACUCUCUUGAUUCUCUACAGCGCUAUGGCAUCUAAAUCAGAGAGUUUGAAGGUGUUUGGUCCAACAGCUCCUGUUCUUGCUACAGCUGGUAAAGACCUGGUUCUGCCCUGUUUUAUUAAACCCAGUACCAGUGCUGUUGACAUGAGAGUGCAGUGGUUCAGACUGGAUGAAGGAGUAUCACUAGUACAUCUCUAUGUGGAUCAUGAAGACAGAAAUGAAGAUCAGGUUCAGCAGUACAGAGGACGGACAUCACUGUUUAAAAAUGAGCUACAGAAAGGCAACACUUCACUCAAACUCUCAGCUCUCCGAGUCUCAGAUGGAGGAGAAUAUAGGUGUCUUGUUCAGGACAAAUCCUGGUCUGAUGGCAUCGAUGUUUAUAUCAAUGUUGAGGCUAUGGGAAGCCACCCAGUGAUCAUGAUGGAGAGUUAUGGUAACUCAGGAGGAGUUAAUCUAGUGUGUGAGUCCAGAGGCUGGAAACCUGAACCUAGGGUUUUCUGGCUGAACAGAGAAGGAGACACUCUGCCUGCUGAAGAGACACAGAUACAUGAAGAGACUGAGGGCUUCAGUGUGAAACGCCGCAUCAUUGUUUAUGAUUAUAGCGACUCCAAUAGAUUUUAUUGCAGACUUCAACAAUUUCAAUUGCAUGAAGAACACAUGAAGGAAGCAGAGGUUAUCAUUAGUCGUAAAAUCUUUCAUGCUUGGAAGUGGGUUGUCAGCAUUUCAGUUUCAGCAUGUCUUAUUGCUGUCGGAUGGAUAGUAACUGGAGUUAUUUUACACAAGAAAGAGGAGCAGAGACAGAAAAUGGAAAGCGUGUUUACAGACAAGAAGUUCUUUGCUGAGCUACAGAGACAGUGUGUGGAAGAUGAGUUUGCAGAGAUGAAGAACUUUGCAGUGGAUGUGACUCUGGAUCCUGAUACAGCAAAUCCAUAUCUCAUCCUGUCUGAUGAUGGAAAAGAAGUGAGACACGGAUACGAGAGACAGGAUCUCCCUGAUACACCACAGAGGUUUAAAUAUGAGCGCUGUGUUGUAGGAAAGCAGAGUUUCUCCUCAGGGAGAUUUUAUUAUGAGGUUCAGGUCAGCGGGAAAACUGCUUGGCUAUUAGGAGUCGUGAGAGAGAACAUUAACAGGAAGGAGUGGAUUACACCGAGACCUCAGGAUGGAGUCUGGACUGUGUGGCUGUGGGGUGGGAAUCGUUAUGAAGCUCUUGCUGGUCCUGAUGUCCUUCUCACACUGAGAGAGAAGGUGGAGAAGGUGGGGGUGUUUGUGGAUUAUGAGGAGGGUCUGGUCUCCUUUUAUGAUGUGAACUCCAGAUCUCAUAUCUACUCUUUCACUGGUCAGUCUUUCACUGAGAAACUCUAUCCAUUCUUCAGUCCUGGUUUAAAUGCUGGAGGUAAAAAUGCAGCUCCACUGAUCAUCUCUCCUGUGUGUAACACUGAGUGAAUUUUCACUUCACAGAUUUAAUCAUCUGUUAAAUGUCAGAAUAAAUAAGAACUUUUUCUGUUUAAUUUUAGAAAAUACAUGUUUACAUUUCUACAGUUUUUAUUAUUUUAUGUGUGUUCAUGUUUUGCCUAAACAAAUAACUUUAAUCGAUUUUUUUUAAAUUAAAAAUGAAACUUUAAUAACGACGAGUUACAGUUAACGUGUGUGUGUGUGUGUGUGUGUGUGUGUGUGUGUGUGUAAAGAACAGAGAGAGAGGUUGUAACAUGUGUGUCUGUGUGAGAGAAAGCAGGAAUUGUGGGUAAUCGUCUCACCUGCUGAGUGCGCGUCUCUCACUCGUACAGUCAACAUCUCUGCGUGUGUGUACUGUUUACUAUAACACUGUGACCACAUGUGUGCGUAAACCAUCUUUUAUUGUGUGUGUGUGUG